CAGUUUAAUCCAUCUCCCCUCCCUUUCUUUCUAUCUCCGUCCCCGUGAAUCCGCACCCUCCAGCCUCCCGUGCUCCACUGGCGCCCUUCUGGAAACCUCAGCCCCUCCUAAUCUGAGCCCGAGUUAUUAAUCUCCUUUUUUUCUUAAGCUAAAUCACUUCCCCUCCGCGAUUCCUAGUUGCUUCGCUUCGAUCCAGCCUCGUCGAAUUCCUGGUGGGGAGGUCGGAAUCUUCGCGCCCAAUUCGUCGAGGCUGUGAGCUGCUGCCGCUGCCGCCACUGCGGUGAGUGAUCUGAUCUGGUGGGCAGGUUGCGGCGCGGAGGUGGGAGCGGUUUUGGCUUGGGGGAGAAGCUAGCUAUGCGGAUUGAGGCGUCGCCGGAUUGAGCAUGAGGGGUGGGGCUGCUGGUGGUGGCGGUGGAGCGCGUGGCGUGGAUGAUGGGAUCACCGGAGGGGCGCCUUGUGGAGCUGUUCGGUGCCGUGAAGUCGUGGAUGCCGCGGCGGGGCGAGCAGUCGCUGCCGGCUGUGGCGGCGGGGCAGCCGCAGCAGCCGCUGCCGCAUGACCUGUCGAGGGACUUCUGGAUGCCGGACCAGAGCUGCCGCGUGUGCUACGACUGCGACGCGCAGUUCACCAUCCUAAACCGGCGCCACCACUGCCGCCACUGCGGCCGCGUGUUCUGCGCCCGGUGCACGGCCAAUUCCGUGCCCCGCUCGCCCGGGGACGCCGCGAGGGAGGACGGCGAGAGGAUCAGGGUCUGCACCUACUGCUUCCAGCGGUGGCUGGAGGAGGAGGCCGCCGUGCGGGGAGACAUGGCGGCGCAGCAGCCGUCCAGCCCGUCGAUGUCCGCCGCUAGCGUGGGGAGCGACAAGUCCAGCUUCACGGGGACGAACGGGCAGAUGUCGUCCUAUGCGAAUGUUAGCUACACUGACUUCGCGUCGAUGCCAGUCCAUGGCGAGGGCAAGUGCGGCGAGGAUGACGGCUACCCUGAGAAGAAGCAGACUGUGAUGGAGCCCGCUCCAACCAUGGAACCUGCAGCUUAUGGGGACAACUCAUCUGAUACAUUCAACUUUUGUGUGCAGAGGAGUGACGAUGAAGAUGAUGACUAUGCAGUUUUCCAUUCAGAUUUGGAAGGGCAACACUUGCAAAAUUCUGAUGAAUAUUAUGGACCUAUGUAUUUUGAUGGCCAUCAAGUUGAUUGCAGAGAUGAUGCAAAAGAAUCGACAUCCCCAAGGAAAGAUGUAACAGCCUUAGUUGAUUCCUUGGGAGCAGAUAAGAAUGAAGAUCAUAGUGUUGAUGAGUGCUGCAAUGCUCGGUCUUCUUCCAUGUAUAGCAUGGAAGUGCUGGAUAAUGAACCUGUGGACUUUGAAAACAAUAGCUCACUUUGGGUACCUCCAGAACCUGAGGACGAAGAGGAUGAUCAUGAUGGUGAACGUGAUGAUGAUGAGGGGGUCGAUGCCACAGGAGAGUGGGCAUAUCAACGCUCAAGCAGCUUUGGCAGUGGGCACUGUCGAAGUAGAGAUAAAUCGGCUGAGGAACACAAGAAAGCCAUGAAAGAUAUAGUUGAUGGCCAUUUUCGGGCGUUAGUUUCUCAACUUCUUCAGGCUGAAAAGGUACCAUUAACUGAUAAAACUGGCAAAGAGAGUUGGCUAGAUAUAGUUACCUCUUUGUCUUGGGAAGCUGCAUCUCUUUUGAAACCAGAUACCACCAGUAAAGGUGGUCAGAUGGAUCCUGGUGGCUAUGUUAAGGUGAAAUGCUUGGCUUGUGGUCACCCAAGUGAAAGUUUCGUAGUAAAAGGGGUUGUUUGUAAGAAGAAUGUUGCUCACCGGCGUAUGUCAUCAAAAAAAGAAAAGCCACAAAUCCUAAUUCUUGGUGGUGCACUCGAAUAUCAGCGCGUAUCAAAUUUGCUUUCAAGUUUCGAUACUUUACUGCAACAGGAAACAGAUUAUUUGAAAAUGGCUGUUGCAAAGAUCAAAGCGCACCAACCAAGUGUUGUAUUGGUAGAGAAAUCUGUGUCACGUUAUGCUCAGGAUUUAUUUCUAGAGAAAAACAUUUCACUAGUUCUGAAUAUCAAAAGGCCACUGCUGGAAAGGAUAUCUCGCUGCACUGGUGCUCAAAUAGUUCCCUCGAUUGAUUAUUUGUCAUCCCAAAAGCUAGGGCGUUGUGAUUUAUUCCAUGUAGAGAAGUAUGUUGAAGAACAUGGGACUGCUGGAGAAGGUGGGAAGAAAAUGUUGAAGACUCUCAUGUUUUUUGAAGGCUGUCCCAAACCCUUUGGUUGUACAAUCUUGCUCAAAGGCGCUAAUGGUGAUGAGCUAAAAAAAGUGAAGCAUGUUGUGCAGUAUGGAGUAUUUGCAGCCUACCACUUGGCUCUUGAAACAUCAUUCCUUGUGGAUGAAGGUGCAACUCUUCCAGAACUCCCGCUGACGUCUCCAAUUAUUGUUGCUUUGCCAGAUAAACCUUCCAGUGCUGAUAGAUCCAUCUCGACAAUACCUAUCUUAUCAAUCCCUAGUGCUUCAUCACCAAACAGUAGCCUGCAAGCACAUGACUUACAAAAUGAUGAUUUGACAUUUAAUAGCAAUAAAAGAAUGGGACAAACAUCGUUGGGAGUUCGUUGUGAUGAAAUCAAUAGCCAAAAUGGACACAUUACCUGUUUGCUGGACGCGUCUCAAUCGUCUAUUGGUCCCUUGGUUCAGCAUUCAAACAAUUCAUUGUGCCAUUGUCCUGAUUGUACUAGAGAUGUGAAUAGAAAAAUGAAUCUACAGGACAGCCAACCUGGAACCACCAGAAAUGUGCUGGAUAAUGACUUCGGUGUAUUUCCUUCUCAUUCUACAAAUUUGUUGUCUGUUAAGAGCGAUAAUUCAUCCACCAAGAAUUCUGAGAUUGGUGACAAGAUAGCAGUUAUGCCAGCUGCUCCUCUGAAUGUACAAAUUUCUCAUGAUGAUGACAGCGCAAAGGAUAAUUCAGUUGCCAAAACAGAUGAAAUUCCAGCAUCUCCUGCUGACAAUCAGAGUAUAUUGGUUUCUCUAUCUUCUCGUUGUGUUUGGAAGGAAACUCUGUGUGAGCGGCCACACCUUCUUCGCAUAAAAUAUUAUGGUAACUUCGACAAACCUUUAGGCAGGUUUCUGCGUGACCAGCUGUUUGAUCAGAGCAACCUUUGCCACUCUUGUGAGCUGCCACCAGAGGCCCAUGUUUAUUGCUAUGUUCACCCCCAAGGCAGCUUAACAAUAUCAGUAAGGAAACUUUCAGUAAAGUUGCCAGGUGAUGGUGAACAUGAUGGUAGAAUUUGGAUGUGGCAUAGAUGCUUACGCUGUCCUCGAGUUAAUGGGCUCCCUCCAGCAACUAAAAGAAUAGUGAUGUCUGAUGCUGCCUGGGGCUUGUCUUUUGGUAAAUUUUUGGAACUUAGUUUUUCAAAUCAUGCAGCAGCAAGUAGGGUUGCCAGCUGUGGUCAUUCGCUUCACAGGGAUUGCCUUCGCUUUUAUGGCUUUGGUGAAAUGGUUGCUUGCUUUCGAUAUGCAUCAAUUAAGGUCCACUCUGUGUAUUUACCACCACCGAAACUUGAUUUCACUUCCCAGCAUCAGGAGUGGGUAGAACAAGAAGCAAAAGAGGUGGAUGACUCAGCCGAACUUCUGUUCUCUGAAGUUCUAAAUGCACUCCACAAAAUUUCAGGAGGAAGGCCAAUUACAGGUUCUUUUGAUGGUAACUUGAAGAUUCUCGAGUUGAGAAGAAAUAUUGGAGAACUGGAAGAGAUCCUGUUGGCAGAGAAGGCUGACUUUAUGGAGUCAUUAAAGAAUCUACUGAAAAAGGAUAUGAGAAAGGGACAACCAUUCAUUGAUAUUCUUGAGGUUAACAAACUAAGGAGGCAUCUAUUAUUUCUGUGUUACUUGUGGGACCAACGGCUGAAAUUCAUUGCAAAUUCAGGUGGCAAGUACUGUGAUGCACUCGCUGGUUUACGGAUUGGAAGUGGGAAUUGUGAUUUUAGUGAUAAAUCAGUUGGUGCCAGUGCAGCCCCAAAGUUAGAGAAGGGCUCAAAGGUCAUAGAAAUUCCUUCAAUUGCUAAGGAAGGGUCGUUACAGCAGAGCUCUAGUCACUCACUUCAUGGUGAAGAUGAGGGGCUCAACCAGGCCAAUCAAUCUAAUGAAAACAGCUUGAGGAAUGUUGCAGAGCUGAAUCAUGCUACCAGUGCAGAUGUUAAGAAUCAACUGGAUAACCAAGAAUCCAGAAUUGGGGUACGUAGGGUUGUUUCUGAUGGACAAUUCCCAGUUACUACUGAUAUUCCGGACACAUUGGAUGCAAAAUGGAGAGGUCAGAAUGGACCUGUUCCUGAUUCAAACUUGGCGAAACCACUACAUUCAGUUGAAGGCACAGCAGAUGAUGUUAAAAGUCAAGCCAAGGCUGUACCAUCCCAUAUUUUCACUGUCCGGUCUGGUGAUGCAGCAGAAGAAUUACUUAGAUGGCUUAAGGUGCCUUACAUGACAUCAAACAGUUCCUUAAACACAACAUCUGGUUCACCAUUGAGAUUUGCAUCCUUGACUGACUACACUCCUAAAUACAUUGAAUUGUUUUGUGAGCUAUCACAGAAAGGUGGGGCAAGAUUUUUCCUGCCUACUGGAGCUAAUGAUAUUGUCAUCCCAGUAUUUGACGAUGAGCCAACUAGUGUUAUUUCUUAUGCACUUGUUUCACCCAUGUACUGCUUCCAGUUGUCUUAUGAGAGCAUAAAAAGUAGGGACAAAGAUUCUUCUCUUCCAUUGCCUGUCUAUGAUUCAGGAAAUUUUAAUCCGUUUCAUUUAUUUGAGGACUUUGGAUCCCACUAUGAUGUCACUCCAUCAGUAUCUGGAGGUAAUCAGGUGCACUUGAGUGUUUCUUUUGAAGAUGGUGGGCCACUUGGGAAAGUCAAAUAUAAUGUGACGUGCUAUUAUGCAAAAAAGUUUGAAGCGCUGAGAAGGUCUUGCUGUCCAUCUGAGCUUGAUUUUUUGAGGUCUAUCAGUCGAUGCAAAAAAUGGGGAGCACAAGGUGGUAAAAGCAAUGUGUUUUUCGCAAAAUCUUUGGAUGAUAGAUUUAUAAUAAAGCAAGUUACCAAGACAGAGCUUGAAUCAUUCCUAAAGUUUGGCACAGAAUAUUUUAAAUAUCUAUCAGAGUCCAUAAGCACUGGAAGUCCUACAUGCCUAGCAAAAAUUUUGGGGAUCUAUCAGGUUACAAUUAAGCAUGUAAAGGGUGGCAAGGAGUCAAAGAUGGAUUUGCUUGUGAUGGAAAAUCUUUUGUUUGGACGGAAUAUCACCAGGCUGUAUGAUCUCAAGGGAUCUUCAAGGUCAAGGUAUAAUGCAGAUUCAAAUGGCAGCAACAAGGUCCUUCUUGACCAGAAUUUAAUUGAGGCGAUGCCAACUUCACCGAUUUUUGUUGGGAACAAGGCGAAGCGGCUACUGGAGAGAGCUGUUUGGAAUGAUACUUCGUUUCUAGCUGGAAUUGAUGUGAUGGAUUAUUCCUUGCUUGUGGGAGUUGAUGAGGAGAAACAUGAACUGGUCUUGGGAAUUAUUGAUUUUAUGAGGCAGUAUACAUGGGACAAGCACCUUGAAACAUGGGUAAAAUCUUCUGGCAUUCUUGGUGGGCCGAAGAACGCCUCUCCAACUGUUGUUUCACCUAUGCAAUAUAAGAAGCGGUUUAGGAAAGCUAUGUCUGCUUAUUUCAUUGUGAUUCCCGAGCAAUGGAUGCCUGCAAUAAUCAAUCCGAGCAAAGCAUCAUCAAAUAUUUGUGAAGAAGAUUCUCAAAAUGCUUCACAAGAAUGAUAAGAGAUUUUAGGUGCGUUAUGUUGGAUUGGUGAUGCCAGUUUUGUCCUACUGUCGUGAAGAUUGCUCGACUGGUCAGUCUGGCUUGGUUACUCCAGGUGGCAUUCGAAGUGAUCUUCCUACCUGGACCGCGUUCUCCUGUGCUAAUUGGCACAGAUCCGAUCGCAUCAUUGAAUCCCUCUCAAGCAUCGGAUGUGUAUAUUCUCGAAACUGUAAUUAUGCCCUAGUCUUAGUUUUUCCCUCCUCAUCUUUCGUCUAUAAUAAAUCAGUUUAUAGUGUCAUCGCUUCUCAAUUGUCGUCGCUUAAUUUUGGUUGGAUGUAUAGAACGAGCAGGGCGGUGAAUUCUUUCGUUUUUGUAAGUGGUCGUUGUAUAUUAAGUUCUCCGUCUGUCAUUUAUUUGGGGGGCUAUUGCCGUCUGUCGUAAUAACAAAAUAAAAUUAGUUUGAGGCAGAUGUGGAAUUCAUAAAUUCUUCAGAAGGAAA